CACCUGACACCAUGCCCGACAUCAGUAAAUUCAACGAAGUCCCUUUGGCAGGCAACGUCGUCUCUGUGGUGCUAUCUAUGACCACGAUUGCGGUGCUUGCUACUUGUCUCACUCGAAGACUUCAAACCAUUCACUCUUGGAGAGCGCUCCCGCUCACAAGUUGGCUACUCAUCGCUAUUUAUGUCGACUCGGGCUUGUUCGUUUUUGUCACUGCAGUCAUUUCACAUGGCGUAGACCUCAACAGCUCUGGUGAUCUCUGCGGGGGAGCAAUCUUGCUGUGCUUAAUAUGUUAUCUGACCACCAAGAUCAUGAUAUACCUGUUCCUCGUGGAAAAGGCCUACAUUAUUAGAGGAAGCCGUCAAUCGCGUCUUAAAAACAAACUUUAUGUGGUCAAUUUUUUCGGCUUGAUAGUUCCUUAUGUUGUCGUUAUUGUCAUGAACUUUGUUUACCGAUUCUCCUACAUCAACAAGGACGGCGUGUGCAUUAUCGGGAUGAAGCGGAUUUCGAUGAUACCUCUAAUAACCCUCGACGUAAUUCUCAAUGUCUAUCUAACCAUGCUCUUCCUACUACCACUUCGCAAACUCUACUCCUACCAACACAACGUAAACCCUGCCCUCCGCAAAAUGGCCAUGCGGACAUUCAUCGGCAGCUGCGCCACCCUCAUCUCCAGCGUCGUAAACCUGACUGUUCUCAUGGUGUUAGAGGGUGAGCCGGGCUGGGUAUGUCUCAUGUGUUGUAACGCGGAUAUCCUCUUCAGCGUAAUUGUGCUACACUGGGUUACAGCCGUCGACAGCGUCCGCUCUCCCGCCAACUCCACGCCUAGACCGACCGGUUCCAAGUCACGCGAUCGCAAGUCUGGGAAUCCUGCCAAUACCUGGACCAGCAAACUGAGUGGGAAAGAAGCCGGCAUGGUUACAACAAGCUGUGUGGGCAACAUAAGACAUAAGACGAGUGAACUCGAACUGGAUAAGAUUCGGGUGCAGACGGAGCAGACUCAAGAGGUGGAGGUCGGUGCGAAAAGUGCGGUCACGACCGACAGUGCGCAUGCCCACCAAGACUUCCUAGGCCGUAGUAAUUCAACUGAGCGGAUGGUAUAAUUGGGCAGCUUUCAUAAAGUAAAGAAGAUAUCUCGGCGUUGGGAUUGGAUUGCAUACCUUUCGGUUUCUGGCUUAACACCAAUUGAAGUCGCGGAAAACAAAGAGUAGAUACUUUAGUACGAUACACGAUUAUGAUACUUUCACG